GACGAGCCGCUGCAGUUGUCAUCGCCUUCCUCGUCGAGUUCGGGCUCACCGGUCGAGUACCCCUCCGCUCUCGAGACUGAUUCUGACGCCAACUCGGACGAGUUUACGAAGGACCUAGCGGCCCUCGAGCGGCUGCGCAAGAAUGUACACAAAAAUCUGCGUCUGCGCCCCCUGCGCUCGAGCUCCUCCUCUGUGUCAUCCUCGCACACACGGCAAUCAUCGUCGCCGUACACCGCCUGGUCUGAUAUGUCUGAGCGACGCUCUCCCAGUCCGACAAGCAGCAUCAGUCCUGCCAGUGUCUACUUCACACCCACGACAGAACUCAGAGGAACUCCUCUUAGCGCUGUCUAUUUCAACCCCGACAAAUGGCGGCUGUCGUCCAUCGAGACACAGCAACCUACGCGAGGGCUUGAUCCCGCCAUACUCGUUGCCCGCCUCUCCGCCCCGACGCGUCCGUUGUUAAUUGAUACAAGACCCCUCGUUUCAUUUAUGGCAAGCCGUCUGGACAGGAGCAUCAAUAUGGCUAUACCGUCUCUCAUCCUGAAGCGGUGUCGCAAGCCAAACGGUGCGUUUCACGAGUUGGACGCGCUGCGUCAGUAUGUCACCACCGAUGACGGAGCCCGCAUCUGGGACGACAUGCUCGGCAGCGGGGACUGGGAUGGCGACAUCAUCCUGUAUGACGAAACGAUGGACGAAAAGGACAGGCACAAUACGCAGGCGACUGCGUGGGCCUUACUCGACGUCGUGGACCCACUACUUGAUCAUGGCAGUGCAGACUACCUCGAAGGCGGCUUCGCGGCUGCCCGGCGCCAUCCAUACCUGCGACAACUCAUUAUAAGGGAUGAUCAUGUUGACGCCUCUUCCCAGGACGACCCACCAACUGGUAAAAAGAGCGGAGGUUUAUUUCAGCUGGAUAUCCCCUCCGCUGGUCGCUCCAGAACAUUACCCGAAGUAGAGCGGCCGCCUGCGUCUCCAGCACCUCUUAUGCCUGCCAUUCACUGGAACGUAUCCGGCGAUUAUGCCUCUCCAUCUCCACCUCCAUCCCAGACCGUUUUUACCCGCCCUCCACCACCACGUAGACCGAGCGUCCCAACAUUAGGCAAGCUCGACACCACGUCUGCCGAGAGGUUGAACGCGGGUAUGCCCAAGCUACAAGUUCGUACUAUGCCAGUCAAGGCAGCUACUCUCUCUGCACCACCCCUCCACGGCAGCGAUCCCGCCUCAUUCCGUUCUCGCUCCCGCUCCCCGUCACAUUUGAAUCUCACCUUUUCAAGUCACUCCCCUCCAGGCUCAGCACAGCUCCUAUCACCGAGUAUAAAUUCGUUCAAUGAACUCCUUCCACCACCGUCCCCUGCAUUUACUCGGUCUAGUUCGCCUGCGACGCCUAUGCCACGGUCGCCGCAAACGGCAAGGCCAGAUUCUUCACAGCCACCGACCACGGAGGAGGACCCAUAUCCCGUCUUCACCGUCUCCACUAUCCUUCCAAAUUUUCUUUAUUUGGGUCCCGAAGUAACCGCCGAAGAGCAUGUCGAGGAGCUGCUGUCACUCGGUGUUAGGCGAAUAUUAAACAUCGCUGCUGAAUGUGACGAUGACCACGACCUCCGCUUGCGGGAAAGAUUCGAGCGAUAUAUACGUAUACCAAUGCGUGAUACUGUCGAGGAAGACAACAUCACGCGAGGCGUGCACGAUGCGCGCUUACAUUCGGCAGCGACCUACGUCCAUUGUAAGGCUGGAAAGUCGCGUUCUGUCACGGCUGUCAUGGCCUAUCUUAUCCAUGCGAAUCACUGGACACUCUCUAAGGCAUAUGCCUUUGUCCUCGAGCGUCGGAAGGGCAUAUCGCCCAAUAUUGGUUUUGUCUCCGAGCUGAUGACGUUCGAGGAGCAAGAGCUCGGGGGCAAGUCGAUAGGUGUCGUCAAGAUCGCGCCAGGUAGCGCUGAGGCAGAUGGCGAGGAGAGCGGCGGCGCAAGCUCCGGUACGGGCACCAAUUAUCAGGUCGCAUUAGGCGGUCGACGCCCGCAGCACAUCCGAGAGAGCCUGCCCCCGAUGUUCACGCGAGAACACUCAUUCAACAUCGUACCCAUUUCCACGGUCAAUGAUACCGCCAUCAUCGGCGACUCUGGCCAGGAGAUGGAAAUUAAAGACGCUACAGGGCGGUACCGGCAUGCCCGCCGUGCCCCCGUGGACGAGGCCACUUUACAGCCUAUGCGGCGUGUGAGCAAGGCAGGACUGGAGAGU